AUGAGUGGUGAUAGUAUGGACGACGUCAGGCUUGACCAGCCGGAGGACAUCAACUACGACCACGGCGAGGAGAUUUUAUUAGGUGGGAACAAGAAAUUGGUUGUGCUUCCAGGAGGAUCUUCUCAUGCAGCGUCGUUCCAAAUUGAGAAGGAGGAUCAUACGUUAGGCAACGCAUUGCGCUACUUCGUCAACAAGAACCCCGAUGUCGAGUUCUGUGGGUACACGAUUCCACAUCCUUCCGAAACGAAGAUGAACAUCCGAAUCCAAACAUGGGAAGACACCAGUACCACCGCGACAGAUGCUCUCCGUAAAGGGUUGACCGAUAUGAUCGAGGCAUGCGAUGUCAUUUCUGAGAAAUUCGCGGACGCUCGAGACGAAUUCAAUGCUCAAAAUUCGUGA